GAGUGAAGAAGCUCUCUGUAUUUCAGCAGAAGUGAGAUUUUAACGACGACAGUGGGAAGGGAACAAACAAUGAGUUCUUGUGUUGUAACGACAAGCUGUUUCUGUACAAUUCCAGAUUCUAAUAUACGUUUGAAAUCUUCCAAGCUCGUCAAUCUGAGUAACCAGCAGAGAAGACGUACAAAUGGGUCUCGAGGUGGUUUCAAGGUUGAAGCUUACUAUGGUCUAAAGACACCUCCUUAUCCACUUGAUGCUUUGGAACCAUAUAUGAGUCGAAGAACACUAGAAGUACACUGGGGUAAACACCAUCGAGGUUAUGUGGACAAUCUAAAUAAACAGUUAGGGAAAGAUGAUAGACUUUAUGGAUACACCAUGGAAGAGCUUAUCAAGGCGACAUACAACAAUGGGAAUCCUUUGCCCGAGUUCAACAACGCUGCGCAGGUCUAUAACCAUGAUUUCUUCUGGGAGUCAAUGCAACCUGGUGGUGGAGACAUGCCUCAAAAGGGUGUUCUUGAACAGAUUGACAAGGAUUUUGGUUCUUUCACAAAUUUUAGAGAAAAAUUCACUAAUGCAGCUCUUAGUCAGUUUGGUUCCGGCUGGGUCUGGCUCGUCUUGAAGAGGGAAGAGAGAAGACUUGAGGUGGUCAAAACCUCAAACGCAAUUAACCCACUCGUGUGGGAUGAUAUUCCAAUCAUCAGCUUGGAUGUGUGGGAGCACUCUUAUUAUCUGGACUACAAGAACGACAGGGCUAGGUAUAUAAACACUUUUCUGAACAACUUGGUGUCAUGGAACGCUGCCAUGAGUCGGAUGGCCCGUGCAGAGGCGUUUGUGAAUCUUGGUGAACCCAACAUCCCAAUAGCUUAAGCUAAAGACACUUUUUGAGAGUCCAUAUGAAAGCAAAAACACAACUCCUUCAAAACUUAGGCAGUCUCAAUUUUUGCAAACAGAGGUCCCAAGUUCCCAACCAAGAAAACAAAGAGCUGCUUUCUCAUGUGACCCAUCUUUUUGUUCUAUGUAAUGUAGCAAUAGUUUUUCUACUUCUUUUGCUUUUGAGAAAUUCUAGCUUACUGAUCGAACCUGUAUGGCCCACGUGACUCGCACGUGAAUUAAGAGUAUUUGUUUCUUUUCUCCUA